ACGUCACAAAAAAGUUUGUGAUCACAAGAAACAUCUCGUGUCAAAAGAAGCAUCUCGUGUAUCGUCUCCUAAAAAAAAUGGAAUUGAUGUGUCAUUGUUCGAGCUUUCUUCUUCCGCCGGAGAAUCCUAACACGACGUGUUCGCUUUCUCUAAAGUACGCUCUCGUUGUUCUCAACCAAAGCCUCCCGAGAUUUGCUCCCCUGCUUUGGGACCACGCUCAAGUGCGAGUUUGUGCUGAUGGAGGUGCCAAUAGGGUGUAUGAUGAAAUGCCUCUUUUCUUCCCUCAUCAACAACCUUCCCAUGUUCGCACCAGGUACAAGCCUGAUGUAAUUAAAGGGGACAUGGAUUCAAUCAGGACAGAAGUACUUGACUUCUAUGCAAAGCUGGGAACUAAGAUAAUUGAUGAGUCUCAUGAUCAGGACACCACAGAUUUACACAAAUGUGUGGCAUACAUACGUGACCUCACCCCAAAUAUUGAUGGAGCAGAACUAUGCAUUCUUGUUGCUGGAGCACUUGGUGGGAGAUUUGACCAUGAGAUUGGAAAUAUUAACGUGCUGUGCCGAUUUUCCAACACACGAAUUAUCCUUCUAUCUGAUGAUUGCCUCAUUCACCUUCUUCCAAAGAAUCAUUGUCAUAAAAUCUUUGUUCAAUCUUCUGUUGAGGGUCCGCAUUGUGGUGUCAUUCCCAUUGGGAUGCCGUCUGGAAGCUCUACAACCACAGGACUCAAAUGGGACCUCAAUGAUGCAGCGAUGAGUUUUGGAGGUUUAAUAAGCACAUCAAAUAUUGUAAAAGGGGAAAUAGUUACAGUACAGUCUGAUUCAGAUCUUCUUUGGACUAUUUCUAUUAAGAAGCUCUAGGAUUUACAUGUUGCACAGUGCCGUGAUUUUUCAGAUCUUUGAUACCAAUUUAUAUGGGUCUUGUUCCAUUUAAAGGCCAGAGCUUCUGCUGACCUUUCUUUAUGUUUCAUUCUUUCAAUUUACUCUGUGAAUUGUGGGAGGGUGGAAGGGAAUUAGGGAGUUAUUCUUUAAUAUAGGAAGUUCAGUUUUCAAAGAGGUUACUUACAUUCCUUGGAUCAGUUGCAUUGUAUGUUAUUGUUAUCCGUAAAUGAAAUAGCAGAAUAAGAUGGCAAAAAACAAAAACAGAAAUUUAAAGAAGGAGAAAAUCAUGUCAUGUACUAUUUUGCUUAUGCAUACAGAGCAAUGGACUGUUAGUUGCCGCUCUACUCUGUGGUUCGGGACCAUUACCACAACAGGUCAAUUAUUCUGGUUAAUUUCUAUGUGAUAUGGGAUUUUCAAUUUAGAAGAAUGAGAAAUUAUUAUGUGUGAGACGGGCUUUGUAAUUUACAAGAACGAGUUAAUAAAAUUUUAUUAUGCAUGAGUUUGAA